GUCACACCUCGUGGUCACGCUCACCGCGGUCACAUUAUAUUGGACAACUUCGUUCCCAGGGCAUUUUGUUUAGUAAAUUGGCCAAAAUUUAUAAGUGAAAAAGCUCUCCUGGUCCUUGGGGUAGAAGUACUCAAAUAUUUAAAUUUAGUUUCACAAGGAUACAUAGGAGUAAGCAUAAUGUCACAGGGAUCAGAGGCAUUUCAGAAAGCUGCCAGUGAAGCAAAAACUUUAGUCCAAAAACCUACAGAUCAAGAAAUGCUAGAUAUGUAUGCUAAUUAUAAGCAAGUGACAGUAGGAGAUUGUAACACUGAAAGACCUGGGUUCCUUGAUUUUACUGGAAAAGCAAAAUGGGAUGCAUGGAAUGCAUUAAAAGGAACAAACCCAGAUGAUGCAGAGAAGACGUACAUAGCAAAAGUCGAAGAACUUAAAGGAAAAUAUGGAACAAAAUAGGGAGUGUUUUAACACAUCAAACUUCGUGAACAUUUUCUUGCUAAUGACAUCGCGUUUUCACACUUUUGCAUCAUGUCCGUCAAAUGUUUUUUCGAAAAUAUAAUCUUACAAACUUUAAA